AUGGCAAACUCUAUCUCAAGUCCCUCUUUAAAGAACGAUUUUACCUUAAUUGAUCCGAAAAAACAUCACACUAGCACUAAUAAUUUGGUUUUAACAAUUAACAACAAACCCGAAAACACCAAAAUGACUUCAUCACUUCAUAAAAAAUCGAAGAAUUUGUCCAUCGAUGCCUCAUCUGAACCGCAAUUGCUUUCUCAGUCUACGGUCUCAUCUAUUGACUCGCAACGCAAUGCCAAUCGUAUAUCUGUCAACACUGACUUGCUUUCCCGUGUGGAAAAAGAAAAGAAAGUCUACGAAGCUCGCAUCUCAGAUCUAACUCAACUUACAGAAAUGCGAAAAGUCGAGAUAGAAAAACUGACUUUUGAGCUAAGAAGGGCCAAAAAAGAGGCUCAAGACGCUACCGAGAUUGCAUCUGAGACUCAAAAUGAGUUAGUUAUGUUGAAGAAACAGUUUGAAGAUAUCAAUGGAACUAGUAAGUCCUUGUGUGGUAGAAACACUUCUUCUACCACCGAUUCCAUUCAAUCAUUACCAACCGAUACGAUCCGACCCAAAAAAAUAGAAGACAAAAAUUUAGCUAGAGACGAUACGUACUCAUCCGCUGAUGCUACUUCUAUUUCACAUCCUCUCAACCGUCUUCGUUAUUGCUCACCUCCUGAUUCGUUAGGGACUACGACUCGCAUGACUGCUGGCGGAGCCACUACAGUUAUCACAGGCACCAUAACAGUUAGUUCAGCUUCUAGCGAAUGGGAUGAAUCUAAUCGUGGGAUUGAUGCCAGCAAUGCAAGUGUUGAUGCGAGAGAAAGUGACACUGGCUUAAGCAUUGAUGAUCCUCCACCCAUCCAACCUCAGAAUGCUCUGUCCGUUGCUAAUUUACAGGGGCGGCUACUUCAAAUGGAGGAGGACAACUAUACAACGACAGAGGAGUUGCAAGCCACACUCCAAGAAUUGUGCGAUCUCCAGCGUAGUCUUGACGAAGCCCAUGAAGAGAAUCGAAAUCUUGCUUUCGAACGUGCUAUUUUGUUAGAGUCACUUUGUACUCAAACCGCAAAACUCGAACAUUGCCGUCUUCAAAUUGAUCAACUAAAAUACCUUCUUCUAACAGACCGUGCAGCUCAAACGCCCGAUACACGUGAAGCUCAUUUCUGUAAGCUCUAUGCUUCCAUUGAACAAGAAAAACAGGAUCUUCUCACGCAAAACAAUGAAUUGGCUCAGAGCAGUGAUGGUCUAGCCCAAGAAUGUCGCAUCCUGACAGAAAAAAUAGCCUUGUUGCAAGAUAGUUUCGAUGCCAUAGAAAAUGAGCAUGCGGCCUUAACAAAAGCUUAUCAAUUGGCCAUAGUCAAGAUUGAAUCUAUUCAACAAGCGGAAGAAACCCUAAAGGCUGCCCAUUCUGGUUCCUCAGAGUCUUAUAUACAAAAUUUUGCAGUAGAUUAUUCUCUCGGGUCUUGCAUUCAAGCAGAAGAUGAGGAUAUUACUCACUUUUAUUGGAAUUCUACCGGCUCAGCCAUCACUAAGAUAUGCCCACACAUGGCAAAUCAUGAAAAAGCUGAAGAGCAAUUAAGGGAUUUACAGAAAGAUAAUGAAGACCUAAGGGAGCGCUUUCAAUUAUUGGAAUCGGAACAUGAGCGUCAAUUAACUGAGUGGCGCCUUUACGAACGGGACCUUUUAAAGACUGUACAAGUUGCUGAUGGUAUAAAAGCUGAAUCUGAAGAGGAAAUGAAAAGAAUGGCAAGGGAAAACCAUUGUCUAAGAGAACAGGUAAUUCGAUUGUAG